AUGAGGGAAGUUACCAUACCAACAGAGUUGAUUUUCCAAAUGGUGUAUUAGAAUACUGCAUUUAGGAUCUCAAACCUGAUUUGUGAGUCUCGGAAUGUUAAAAUAGGACGAAUGCAUUUGAUCAAUAUUGUGUUCUUACUAUUAAGAAAUUUUUGGUUGAUCAUCUAGAAACUGGAGCAAUAUGGAAAGCAGGGAAGAUCACUGAAAUGCAGCUGAAGUGGAGCUGAAAGGGCCACAGAUGCAAGAAUUGGGGACCCAUUUCUGAGCCAUUAAGCUGUGUCUGACAUUGACCUCCUUUCAUUAUUAAUAAAGAAGAAUAUUACAGCAGGAGAUUAGGAUGUAUUAACACCAACUCAUUGUUAUACUAACUGGACCAUGUUCUGAAAACAAGUCUACAUAAUAAAGGACUUGACCUGGACACAACAAAUUUAUUUCUUAUUUUUCUCUACUGAUAAUGUGACUCAAUGGAGGAGAGUGGUGUUUUGAUAAGCAUGAGGGAAGAUCAUUCUUUUCAUGUUCGUUACAGGACUUAAGAAAAAUGGUUGCAAAGAAGCAGAUAUAGCUUGAAGUAUUGCUAAUUCUUGAAGAAUGGAAGCUUCUUGCCUAGAGCUGGCACUGGAAGGAGAACGACUGUGUAAAGCAGGAGACUGCCGUGCUGGGGUGUCAUUCUUUGAAGCUGCAGUUCAAGUUGGAACAGAAGACCUAAAAACACUAAGUGCUAUUUAUAGCCAGCUGGGCAAUGCCUACUUCUACUUGCAUGACUAUGCCAAAGCUUUAGAGUAUCAUCAUCAUGAUUUAACACUGGCCCGGACCAUUGGAGACCAAUUAGGUGAAGCUAAAGCCAGCGGUAACCUGGGAAACACUUUAAAAGUUCUUGGCAAUUUUGAUGAAGCUAUAGUUUGCUGUCAGAGACACCUAGAUAUCUCCAGAGAACUUGAUGAUAAGGUUGGGGAGGCAAGAGCACUUUAUAAUCUUGGAAAUGUAUACCAUUCUAAAGGAAAAAGUGUUGGUUGUCCUGGCUCUCAUGACCCAGGAGAAUUUCCAGAAGAGGUGAAAACUGCUCUGCAGAAAGCAGCAGAUUAUUAUGAGGAAAAUCUAUCAAUAGUGACAGCUUUAGGGGAUCGAGCAGCCCAGGGGCGUGCCUUUGGGAAUCUUGGAAAUACACAUUAUCUUCUUGGCAACUUUAGAGAUGCUGUUGUGUCCCAUGAGCAGCGCCUCUUGAUUGCCAAAGAGUUUGGAGAUAAAGCUGCUGAGAGAAGAGCAUAUAGCAACCUUGGAAAUGCAUAUAUAUUCCUUAGUGAAUUUGAAACUGCUGCAGAUUACUACAAGAAAACACUACAAUUGGCACGACAGCUUAAAGAUAGAGCUGUAGAAGCACAGUCUUGUUAUAGCCUUGGGAACACUUAUACUUUACUUCAAGACUAUGAAAAGGCCAUUGAUUAUCACCUGAAGCACCUUACUAUAGCUCAAGAACUAAAUGACAGAAUCGGAGAAGGAAGAGCAUGCUGGAGUUUAGGAAAUGCCUACACAGCAUUAGGAAAUCAUGAUCAAGCCAUGCAUUUUGCUGAGAAGCACUUGGAAAUUUCAAGAGAAGUUGGAGAUAGAAGUGGUGAGCUAACAGCUAGACUGAAUCUCUCAGAUCUUCAAAUGGUGCUUGGUCUCAGCUAUAGCACAAAUAAUUCAGUGAUAUCUGAAAGCAACGAAGUUGACAAUGUGUGUGAUACACGCCCUAAGCUAGGACGCCGACACAGUAUGGAAAACAUGGAACUUAUGAAGUUAACACCAGAGAAGGUUCAGAACUGGAAUAGUGAACUUCUUGCUAAGCAGAAACCUCUUAUUGCCAAGCCAUCUGCAAAGCUGCUUUUUGUAAACAGACUAAAGGGGAAGAAGUACAAAAAUACUUCUUCCACUAAAGUUUUGCAAGAUGCUAGUAAUUCUAUUGAUCGCCGACUUCCAAGCUCUCAGAGGAAAAUCAGUGCUGAUACAAUUGGAGAUGAAGGGUUCUUUGAUUUGUUAAGCCGGUUUCAAAGUAACAGGAUGGAUGACCAGAGGUGCUGCUUACAGGACAAGAACUGCCACCCAACUUCAGCCACAACUUCUUCUACUCCACCAAAAACAAGGAGAAAAUCUCUCUCUGCUUCUGUCGUCUCCCCACACACGGAUGAAUUUCUGGACCUGCUCGCUAGCUCCCAGAGCCGGCGUUUAGAUGACCAACGGGCCAGUUUCAGCAAUCUGCCGGGCCUCCGUCUAACUCAGAACAAUAAUCAGGCAGUACUUGGACACCUGAUUGCCGUCGACAACAAAGAGCCAGAUGAGGAUUUCUUUGACAUCCUUGUAAAAUGCCAGGGGUCCAGAUUAGAUGAUCAAAGAUGUGCUCCACCACCUGCUGCUACCAAGGGACCAACAGUACCAGAUGAGGACUUUUUUAGCCUUAUUUUACGGUCUCAGGCAAAAAGGAUGGAUGAACAGAGAGUUCUUUUACAGAGAGACCAGAACAGAGACACCAAAUUUGGAUUAAAAGACCUUUUGCAAAGCAGUGCCUUGCUGGAAUUUGGAAAUUCAGAAGGAAAACCAGGAAACCACUAAUGAAUACUAUACAUUAUUUUGUAGACCCUGCAGGGAAAAUAAAUUUACCUUUGGACCUUUAAGGGAGAAUUUGUAGCACUGUAUGUAGUACAAAUGAUUUCACAGUUUUGUUUUUUUUAAGAAUUGUGUAAAUAUUUUAAUGGUACAAUGAUGAAUAACUAACAUUCCUCAAAUAUGUUUGAACAUAGUGGUUUAGUAUAUUUGUAAGAUGUAGUGUCCGCAUGUGGUCAUUAAGUUUUGUAUUUUUUGGACAAUUUGCUGGAAUUUACCUUCUCACUAGUUUUGAUGCUAAUGAUUGGCAAUGGUACUUUUUUUAUACUUGACUUUGUAGUGGGGGGGUGCUCCUUUUAAAAUAAUGUAUGCUUGAUCAGUGUAAAAAGAUUGUUUUUAAGAAACAUUGUCUUGUACAGGUCUUUAAUUUUUUUUCUUCCUCUAAAGAAACGUGCCCCAUUUUCUUUACUUUGUCUUAAAGCCAGAGCUGGUACAAAGGCAACUCUGGAGGAAUAAACUUUCCUCAUAGCAA